CCUUUGUUGUGGCAGGAGCUCUGCAUAAAUAAAGCUUUGCUUCCAGGAAUCUUUUCCUCACCCCUAAUCCUACCUCUACCUAUUUCCUUGCUCGUUUUAGUCACUCGCUCCAACUCACUCGUUUACCCAUCUCCUCAACACUCUACAUCAACAUGCGUGUCACUACCGCUAUUGCUUCUCUUCUCACUGUCGGCCUAGCCGCCGCCGCGUCUCGUCGCGCGACUUGUGCCGCUCAGUACAUUCUUGACGCCUGCCUCACCUCGACUACACCACAGCUCAAAGCCUGCGAGCCAAACGACUGGCCAUGUCUCUGUGAGCAGAGUAACAAUGUCCUAACCUGCUACAACAACUGCCCCGGCGACAGCGGCCAAUUCGGCGCCGAGCAAACAAAGACAUCCUAUUGCAACGCCGCCAAGGCCUACAGCAACACCUCUAGCACUAGCAGCAGCCAGUCUGCCGUCGCGUCGGCUACCUCUGCUUCGUCUCCCCGCGAGACUUCUUCUUCUUCUUCUUCUUCAUCUACGUCGACUGCGGGCUCUGGCCAGAAGAACGCUGCUGCGCCCACUUCGUCAAGCUCCUCGUCGCACUCUACUUCUACAGGUGCUGCCGCGGCUACAGGGUUGGGUAGUGUGCAGGGUGGUCUUGUGGCCGUUGUGGCAUUGGGGUUGGGUGCUGUUCUGUGAUCGGUUUGUAUCAUGGGCGAGUGGGAGAGGAGUGCUGGGUACUGUUCUACUGUGUUUUUCUAAUCAUUUCCGAACUGCAUGUGUCAGAUGAAGGGAAUGAGUAAUGAUAAUCGAUCUUAAUUCAAUUUAAUUCGAGUUAA